CCCCUCUCCGGCCCCCCGAGGCCUCCACAGGCCUCCCUCGGUGGUAGAGCGGCUACUUUCUGGACGCCCUCCUUGGUCGACCCCCGCAGCCGUGGCGAUGGGGCACAAGGUGGUCGUACUGGACGUCUCCGUCCUCAGGGGACUGUGGGAGACGCGCGUCAGGAGGCAGAAGGAGCGGCAGAGGAAGGAGGCCGAGCGGCUGGAGCAGAGUGCUUUGCAGAGGAUCAAGGAGGAGUGGGAUGUGGCUCUUGAACUCAGGACCCUGGGCCUCCACAGGGCUAGCGGUGCCCAGAACGGCCUGGUCCUCGCCGGCGGCGGAGGCCAGCGGUCAGCUGGCGGGGAGCAGGGCGGCCUCCCUGCCUCCGGCCUUGGGCCUCGCCGGGACGGAGGGCACCGAAGAAAAUUCAUCUUUGAACUAUCGGGCGAGCAGUGGACGGAGCUCCCGGAGGCUCUGAAGCAGGAGGUCGACUUGCGGGAGUGUCACGUGCGGAGCACCUCGAUAACCACCAUCCCUCCCUACAUCGGGAACUUCCUGGACGUCACCGUGCUGGCGUUGUCCAAGAACCAGAUCAGCCACCUCCCGCCCCAAAUCGGGUGUCUGCGCAAGCUCCGCGAUCUGGACGUCAGCUACAACCGGCUGACCCGCGUCCCCCUCGAACUCGGGGCCUGCGAGAGCCUGGAGAGACUCGACUUAUCCGGAAACCUGGGCCUGGUCGACCUGCCCUUCGAACUGAGCCAACUACAGCGCCUCUCCUUCCUGGACUUGGCGGCCAAUAAGUUCGUGAGCGUCCCCAUCUGCGUGCUGAGGAUGGCCCGCCUGCGCUGGCUGGACCUCAGCAACAACUGCCUCAGGGACCUGCCCCAGGACAUCGACAGGUACUGGACGCGCUUAAUUGGUUUUCUUCCCGAUCCGGGUACAUUCCACGGGAAUUUGUGGAGCCUCUUCUUCUUAACUCACAAAAACGUGUUCCCAAAUCAUAAGGACGGGGUUUGUUAG